AUAUUUGAUUUCACCCUGCUAAAAUGUUGGUAAUGUGUGGGAGGAUAUUUAAGUGUUUCCGUAAAUUUGAUUGUACUUGAGUAAUCCUUUGUAGGCAUUUUCAAAUAUAUUUUAUUUAUAUUGAUGGUGUUGAUUCAAUUAACCUAAACCGAGUCUACCAUUAUUUGCCACAGCUACUCCUUGAAACUUUAAUUGAGAUGCAAAAAUCUUGAGUGGUAUCUAUUUAUCUACAAUUCAGGAAUUUAUUCUUAGAGUGCUUAUAAAUGAACAAGUUUUUCCAAAUUUAUAGGAAUAAAAAAAUGUAUAUAAAAAGAAAAAACAGAUCUAGUGCCUUCAUUUUACUCUCCUUUCUUGUUUCCGUUGAAAAUUAAAGAUGGAUUUUUUCAUGGUGAAUCCACGGCAUUUCAAGAUUUCUGAUAUAGCAUUGAUCAAUGAUGGGUGUGAACAAACUAAUGGGGUCUUUGAGAAAUUAAUUUAUUUGAUAAAAAAAUGUGUUCUUCAUGCUCUAUCUAUUGGUCCAAUCCCAAUCCAUGUUGCAUUCAUCAUGGAUGGGAAUCGUAGGUAUGCUAAAAAGAACAACUUGGUUGAAGGCUCAGGUUACAAAGCUGGGUUCUUUUCUCUCGUUUCAAUGCUCAAUCUUUGUUAUGAGUUAGGUGUAAGAUAUGUAACAAUCUUUGCAUUCAGCAUUGAUAAUUUCAAGAGGUGUCCUGAGGAAACAAGGUUCCUAAUGGACCUUAUGAAGGAGAAGAUUGAAUCGUUGAUCAUGGACGAAAACAACGAAAGUAUCAACAUCGCGAAUCGGUUCGGCAUGAGAGUUCAUUUUGUAGGAGAUCUAAAACUUCUUGAUAAGCCUCUAAGGUUGGCAGCAAAAAGGAUCAUGGAAGCAACUGUUAAUAACUCUAGAGUUGUGCUUUCCAUUUGUGUUGCAUAUAAUUCCACCCUAGAGAUUUUGCAUUCCCUAGAGGAAUGUUGUGAAGAAAAAUGUGAUGAGAUUAGGGUUUUGGAUGAAAGUGGUUCAGGGUAUGGAUUAAUUAAGAUUAGGAGGGAUUAUUUGAAGGAAUAUGAUGAUUCAAUGUGUUUGAUAAAUUUGGAAGAUGUUGAGAGGAACAUGUAUAUGGCAAUUGCACCAUGCCCUAAUAUCUUGAUUAGGACUUCAGGGGAGAAUAGAUUAAGCAAUUUUCUUUUGUGGCAAAGCACAUUUUGUUACUUGUAUUCACCAUUUGUUCUUUGGCCAGAUUUCGGAUUUUGGCAUUUUGUUUGGGCUAUUUUGAACUACCAAAGGAGUUGCUUUUAUUUGGACAAGAAAAGUAAACAAUUAUAG